GUGAGCUUGAGCUUGGGCCCCCCUCCCAACAGACACAAACACCCACCAGGCAGAGCGACGUUGGCUGGACGCAGGAGAGAUGCAGCACGCUGGACUGUACAUGCUGCGCGGGGGAGGAGCUCUCUCCCUGCAAUUUCCUUUCACCUACCUACCUACCUACCCAAGUACAUACCUAUUUACUUACCUACUUGUACUACUACCCUACCAACUCUUGUUUGCCACCAUGGAUGCUACCGUCACCAUAGGCCGAGCUUAUUUCCAAGCCUUGCUCCGCAGGGCCGAGUUUGACACGACUCCCAGCCUGUCCGACAAUGUCACCAUCUCAAAGAGCGAGCACGACUACUUGACCCAAGCACUACGCGACCUGAAUCAACUCAAAACCGUCCUGUUUCGUGGAGGAUUGACGCCCGAGACUCUCAACACCCUUCGGACGAGCGAGUGUGAACCUGCUGAUGACCAGACCGCCCAAGGUCAGACCAGCUCUUGGGAGGAUACCUUUUCCCAAUCUCAGACUCUAUCUGCCAACCCAGGCGGUCUCAUCUUCAACAGCCUGUUCCCGAAUAAUGCUCGUGCUGCGAGCGCUCAUGGCAGCAAUGCCUACGCCGCUGGCCAAUCACCCUCCUCCUCCGAAAUCCACAGGAGGGAAGACUCCAGCUACAGUUCACAGCGAGUCCCAGUACACGAUCAGCGCACAGUUCUCAUCUCCAAUCUCGCCGACCGCACAACUCACAAGGACAUAACCUCCAUCAUCCGUGGUGGAAGGCUCCUUGACAUCUUCCUACGUCACGAUAGGACGGCAACCGUCUCCUUCGUGGAGGGAGCAGCCGAAUUCCUCGCCUAUGCGAAGCGUAAUGACAUAUACCUGCAUCAGAAGCGGCUUGAAUUCUCUUGGGACGAUCGCCAAUUUCAUGUACCACCACACGUGUCGAACAAGAUUGCAAGUGGUGCCACUCGCAACCUCGUUGUUCGAGGCGCCCACGGAAAGCUCACCGCCGAUCAGAUUCGUGACCAUCUUGAUCACAUUCACAAUCUUGUCGUGGUCGAUAUAUACUUCAAGGAUGGCAAUGCCUACGUCUUCACAAAUUCAAUCCACAAUGCGCUUUUCGCAAAAACUUGCUGCAUGUCUCGUCUUUUGUACAAAGGCUUGAGGAUCGAUUGGCAUCCGGAUGAAUGUGCCGUUCCUGUGCCACGCAAAACAAAAAAGUUGGACAAUUCUCUCUCGUCUGUUGCCAUGAAGUCGAUGCGCACCGCCAAUCGGUAUACAUUGCUAGAGACCGAGUGGGACUACGAUUCAGAUUCUGAGGAAGAAGGGUCUUAUUUGACUGAUGGCAUCAACAUUGCGCCCCAUUGGCCCGAUGCUGCUGUAGCUUGA